CAUUCCUCUUCACCACUAUCCCAAUCUUCCAAAGGGAAUCUUUCCAGCGAUAAACCAUAUUUUCUUUCUCUACAACUAUCGAAAUCGAAGCCAUCACAAAAAUGGUCAAGAAUAACCCGAACGUUAUCAUCACCGGAACGCCCGGCGUUGGCAAAACCAGCCACUGCGAACUACUUGCGGAAAACACCGGCCUCAAGCACCUCUCUAUCAACCAAAUUGUCAAGGAGCGGGAAUGCCACGAUGGAUAUGACGAUGAGUUGAAGACGUGGAUUGUGGAUGAAGAUAAGCUUCUGGACGCAAUCGAAGAUGAGGUCAAGCAAGGCGGUUACAUUAUUGAUUGGCAUGCAUGCGAUUUGUUCCCGCGCAGCUGGAUCGACCUUGUCGUCGUCUUGCGCACGGAUUCAACUUUGCUCUAUGAUCGACUUUCCGCAAGAGGCUAUCCUCAAGCCAAGCUUGAUGAAAAUAUGGACGCAGAGAUCAUGCAGGUCCUUCUCGACGAAGCUCGCGAAUCCUACGAUGAAGAGAUUGUUGUAGAGUUGCGCAGUGACAGCGCAGAUGAUAUUGAAAGCAAUGUCGAGCGUAUUGAGUCAUGGCUUAAACAAUGGAGGAAGGACCACGCCGAAGAUGGCGAAGAUGAGAGAUGAGCAUAUCAUUUCUCGUCUGCCACAAUCGCGGGGCCCACGGGUCGAACAAUAAUCAAAGACGAUUGCUGGAACUGGGUUCACCAAUGCAACACUCUUCACUGCGCAUCAGCAGUAUACCUGUUCCAACACCCAAGUACAAAAAUGCAGAUACCCAUUAGCUGCCAACAGAAAUCGGUCUCAAAAUCUACAAUCUCCAGAGUUGGCUUCGAAUAUAUCUGAAGCUUCAUGUUACUAUGUUGGGAGCAACUGGACAUCAUUUUCGGAAAUGGUCGAACAACAUAAUCCUUCAGUUUUAAGACAAACAAUCC